CUCAACAGGAUGUUAUUGAAUAAUCGGACACAGGUAACCGAGUUCAUCCUUCAAGGCUUUUCAGAUAGUGUCCCACUAAGGAUUUUGUUCUCUGGCACUUUCUUUUCCUUAUAUACAGCUGCCCUCACCGGGAAUAUCAUGAUCAUUGUGUUGGUCACUUGGUGCUCUACUCUUCACACCCCUAUGUAUUUUUUCCUCGUCAACUUGUCUAUGUUAGACAUCAUGUGCACAACCUCUGUCCUUCCCAAGGUGUUAGAAAACCUGUUUUCAGGAAAGAAGACCAUCUCUUAUGGUGGAUGCAUGACUCAAAUAUACUUCCUCUCUUGGUCUGUAUCUGGUGAGCUCUUGCUCUUCACAGCCAUGGCUUAUGACAGGUAUGUGGCUAUCUGCCAUCCUCUGCACUAUAGCACCAUGAUGAAUAAGAAGAUCUGUGUCCUUCUGGCAUUUGGGGUUUGGAGCAUCUGUGGACUUAACACUACCAUCAAUACUGGGCUUAUGAUUCGAUUGUCUUUCUGCGGCCCCAAUAUCAUUAAUCAAUUCUUCUGUGAAAUCCCUCCUGUAUUGCUUCUCUCUUGCACCUCAACAUAUCUGAACAAUAUUAUGACGGUCCUUGCUGAUGUCUUCUUCUCAGUUCUGAAUUUCCUGCUGACAAUUGUGUCUUAUUGUUUCAUCAUCUCCAGCAUUCUGAAAAUCCGGACCAGAGAAGGGAAGAAAAGAGCAUUCUCUACCUGUUCUUCCCACCUGACUGUGGUCACCAUGUAUUAUUGCACUGUGUUUUAUGCCUAUAUCAGUCCCAUCUCUAGCUAUUCUCCUGAAAGUGGGAAAUUGGUGGCUGUGUUGUACACAGCAGUUAGCCCCACCUUAAACCCUCUCAUCUAUACUUUGAGGAACAAGGAUGUUAGAGAAGCCUUGAGAAAAGUGCCUCUAUUUAGGAAGUGA